AUGAAGGCUUCUGUUGGGGAGACAGUGUCUAAGUGGAUGUUAUUCCAUAGCAUCCCAACAAACGCCACCACAAGUCCCUAUUACCAGCCGAUACUUGAUGUUGUGGCUGUGGCUGUGACUGUGGCUGUGGCUGUGGCUGGUCUAGGGAUAAAGGGGCCGACUACAUAUGAGGUGAUGAAUAUAUAUUUGCCUAAGGAGAAGGCUGACUUGAAAGCAUAUAUUGAUAAGUUAAAAGUUAUGUGGAAGAGCCAUAGGGAUGCAAAAUAUAUUUACAAGCCUCUGAAGGAUGUUGUGGAAGAAGUUGGGAUACAAAAUGUUGUUAAGAUUGUGACUGACAAUGGAAGUAACUACAAGAAAGCCGGAAUUAAAAUGAUGAACAACCCUAAAUUCCAACUCUUUUGGACUCCUCAUACAGCACACUGCAUUGACCUAAUGUUGAAGGACAUGGGAAAAAUUAAAAUUGUGCAAACUGUGGUUGGAAGGACUAGGCAAGUGAGCACAUUUGUCUAUAAUCAUGGGUUUUCAUUAAACCUAUUGAGGGAGAAGUGCGAGGGCGACUUGGUCAGGCCUGGUCUCACAAGAUUUGCUACCAACUAUAUUGCACUCCAGAGUUUUGAAUCCAAGAAAGUUGGUCUUCGAUCUAUGUUCGCAUCUAAGGAGUGGUUUGGUUGGAGGGAAGAAGGAUCAGCUAGUGGUAGGGAGGCACAGGCAACCGUUUCAUCAGAAGAGUUUUUGACACAAUUGGGUAAAGUGGUUAAAAUCUUAGCACCAAUUAUUGGCAUGUUGAAGUUGGUGGAUUAUGCUUUCAAACCCACCAUGCCAAGCAUGUGGGCUGCUAUUGUAAUGAUGAAGGAAAAUGUCUAUGCUACCAACCCACGUAGAAGUAGGAAAUUUGUGGAAACAAUAGAAGACCAUUAG